GGUAACCGUUCCUUCUGUAUUUUAGAUGAGCCUACAAACCUGUCUUGUACACCAAUCAAUUCCACGACUUUAAUGUUUUCUUGGACAAUUCCUGCCAAUGGACUGUUCACUGUUAACGGAUACCAUCUAAACCUCGAAAGGAUAGACAAUAUCAAAGUGGAAAACUUUCCACAAGUGGAUACAGGAAGUGUGUACGUCGAAAAUUACACGUAUUACAGUAUAGGAAAGUACGCAGAGUAUAGGCUAACAAUGCACUCGUACACAGCCAGCGGUAACGAUAAUGAUGUAACCACAGAAUGCAGAACUCUUGAAGAUGCGCCUGAUGGUGGACCGCCAUCAGUAAACUCAACAAGAAUGUCGUACACAGAAAUAGCCGUAGUUUGGACGGAACCAGAGCGAUACCAUCAUAAUGGAAUCUUGGUGGGUUACAAAAUCAUUUACCAUGCAUAUCUUAGUCAAUUUCCACAAGAGAUUUUGGUUUCGAACUCUACCUUUUCUCAUACCAUCACCGGUUUGGAAUAUGACACGUGGUACGUCAUCAGCGUUUUACCCUACACUGUAGUUGGGGACGGACCACGUACUUCAUGUCCCGAGAAAACUAUGGGCCCAACAACCAAAGCGCCAGAUGAAGUAACGAAGUACUAUUGCUAUGAAGCGGUACCAGAUGUUCUGGUUUUUUCCUGGGAGUCCAUGCCGUGUACAGUGUACGUUGGUACAAUAGCCGUGCUGUUUCUCCUGAUGUUGAUGUUCAUGUGUGCGUGUUGUCUCAAGGGAUGCUGUUCUGAUAAAGGAAAUGACACCCAGAAUAACAACACUACAAAUACACGUGAUGUCGUGCAUUUUAGAGAAAAGGUCAAAGUUGUCUAUGCUAUGAAUAAAUUUAAAAACAACAGAAAAGGGAAAGGCGGAGGAGGCGAAGAUGGGCCAGAUGAUGACGAUGGCACCGAUUAUAAUGACAAUGAAAGAGGAAAGAAAUAUGGAAGAGGAAACCCCAAUGGCCCGGAUGAUGACGAUGAUAACCCAGAUGAUGAUGGAAAUGAUUACGAUGGAGGAAAAAGAAAAGGCCCGAUGGGUAUCCCAAUGAGAAGAAUGCCCGGAAGAGGAAGUAAUAACAAUUUCCAGGACGACGAGGAGGAUCCCUAUGGGGACCCGGAUCACAGAGGAAAUUCAGGGAGAGAAAAUCCACGAGGUAAUCUUUUCAAGGGAACAGGAAAGGCUGCUGCAACAAUAGCAGCUUUAAAAGCUCGUGCAAAGAAAAAUAAUAAUACAGUGACACCUAUGAACUUCGAUGACGAAGGUUACUGUGAAGAAGAAGACGAUGAUGAUAAUAAGGGAAAUGUGACGGCACGUGAUAUUUGGCUUGCCAAUAAACAUCCGGGCAAGAAUUCAAACCCAGACUUUAAGAAGAAUAACCCCCGGGUACCUCCCGCGGCACCUCCAGUAUUGGACAAAAGGUUCAAUAGGAAUGUUUCUGGGGUUGAUCUUUAUUUAGAUGAUGAUGAUGAUAACGAUGACAAUUUCAGGCAUCCGCCACCUGCGCCUCGAUUUCAGGUGGGUGACGAUGCCUCCGUAGAUAUGCCGUAUGACGGACCAGGAGGUGGAAAAGGCGGGUAUCCAUUCGGUGCUGAUGGCGAUGAUGCUGCGUUUUUUUAGUUUGUGUUUCAGCUACUAGUAUAUUUGUAUGUUUUCACCCAUCAUUUCAAGUUGGACAGAUGAAUGUAGAAUGUCAUGAGAUCAAAUAGCUGUAGAUCUGUAGCUCAUAUGGUCUAAAAAUGGGAUGGACGACCAGAGAGCUGAGUUUCAUGCAGUCGAAAGAGUGUAUACAUCAAGAUAUCGAAGUUCGAGAUAAUGAAGUUCAGUUGUGUUUAUAGCGCACAACAACACAAAUGAACUGGACACGUCUCCGUAUUUAAAGCUGCCAUUUCAAAAUUUCAUUUUCUGUGCUACUAGCAUAACAAAACAUUUCUACAACUGGUUCAAAGCCAUCCUGGGCAUGAAUCUUAGACCGUCAAACAUAUUUUCAGACAAGAUGUGCGGCUAGAUAAUGCGUAUAACAAAUUGUCAAGCAGGGAAAUCCACUACUAUCAAUAUUAGAACAAGAUGAUUUAUUUAAGUGCUUUUAAAAUUUAUUACAUGAACCUGGAUAUCCGUUUUGAUAAAAAUACAAAAUAAUUGUUGUUUGAA